GUAAUCGUAUAUCUCGCUUCUAUUCCUGUGCGUGACCAGGGUUUUGGUGCAGGAAUUUUUCUGGAGAAUUGUGAGCGAUAAUGUCUGUUCCAACCAGCCCUUUUGGGAGGCCAACUAGUAGCGCCCCUGCGCCACAAUCAGAAUUCGGGCAGGCUAACAAUGCAAAUAACAGUCCUUUUGUGGUCACAUCUUUUGGUGGUACAACACCUUUUGGUUCACCGGCAGGUGGCUCUGUAUAUAGGGGAACUUCAACAGGAGUUUUCGGGGGUGGUUCUACUCGAACCCCUUCGCCCUUCUCUUCCGAAGCUGCCUUUGGUGCUUUUGCAUCAUCAGCUGGUGGCUUUGGUUCGAGCACCCCCGCCUUUCGAACUACGAGCACACCGGCGUUUGUUACUGAUAGUGCUCCAUCAUUUGGAGCUACAAGAACCCCUUCCUUAGGUACUAGAGGAAAUGCAUUUGGUCCAGCUAAAGGUCCCAUCUUUGGGUCUGGAGGUGCAUUUGGUGCUUCCAGUAAUCCAGAUUUUGGGGCUUCUUGUAGCUCAUCAUUAAGCUUUGGGUCUUCUCAAGCUUUUGGGCCAUCAACAACUGCAUUUAGGAGCAGCCAGUUUGGAUCAGAAUCUCGUGGAGCUCAUACUGGGUCUCACGUAGCUACACGAACAUUUGGCGGGACUGAAUUCGGAAAUUCAUCCUUUGGAGGUCAGCAUAGGGGAAGUCGCGUUGCUCCUUUCGCUCCACCGACUGAGGCAGAGCCUGGGGAAAUGCUUCCUUUCAAGCUCCAGUCAAUUUGCGGUAUGACUGUGCCUGUCUACAAAUGUAAAAGCCAUGAGGAACUUAGAUGGGAGGAUUACCAGCGGGGGGACAAAGGUGGACCAAAUCACAUUGGUCAGUCUGGCGCUAGCGUUGGUCGCCCCGCUGCAUUUCCCGCCAUUCCUCAGCCUACUUUUUGUCAGCCAUCUCCUUUUUCUUCCACUACAGCUUCCAAUGCAGUUUCUUCUGCCCCAGCUUCUGGAACCACAUCUAACCCAAUUUCUUUUACGUCAUCUAAAGAGCUUUCAAUUACAGCUCCCAGUCCUUUUGUUCUAAAACCUUCUAACAAUGCAGGGUUUUGGCCAUCACCUAACACUUCCCCUUUUGGUUGUUCUUCUUCAUUAACUUCUGUCGUUAGAUCACAGCCUUCUGCAUUUGAAUUUAGUGCACCGCCAUCCAUAUGGUCUUCUUCAGUCUCAGCUACACUUGGUUCAUCACCACCGGUUAUUAGUGCUCCCACUACUCAGUCUUCCCCACUACUUUGGUCUACUACCCCCCCAAUUGCCAAAUCUGCUUCUGCAUUUAGACAAACUCCUACUUCCUUUAGCCAAACUACUGCUCCAUUUGGCCAAAUUACAACCCCAACUUUGGGUCAAACGCACGUAUUUAGUACGGCUUCCAGUGGCUCUGGUGGGAGCUUAUUCCCAAGUACUCCAUCUCCAGUUCUCUCUACUAAUGCAGCCGCAAUCGGUCAAACAAAUCCCUUUUGUUCUUUGCCUUUUCAAACAUCUGAAGCUGCAGAGACUUCUCGUGUUAGUUCCCUUGGCAACUUGGGGCAGACACAAGCAGCUGGUACAGGUGGCUUUAGCUCACAAUAUGCUUUUGGUCAGCGUCAUUGUGAACAAUCGUCUAUCAACGGGAGUUCUUCAGUUGUUCAACGAGCACUGGUCACAAGUCCUUCUGGAAACCUCCCUGCCGUACAGCAGUUGUCGAUAGGCUGCACUGGAGCUGGUUCCCCGGUCCAAUAUGGAAUUUCUAGCAUGCCUGUUGCGGAUAAACCAUCUCCUGUUCGAAAAUCUCCUUUGCUGUCUGCUCGGCAUCUCUCACUGAGGCAAACUAGGCUGCCUCCAAGGAAGUACCAACCCACAGAGGGUGUUCAAAGGGUUCCAUUUUUCUAUGAUGGAGACAAUACACCUAGCAAACCAGAGGCGGCUCAAGUCAUUCCUAGGAGGAACCCAAGAUCUAUGGUUAUCAGUCCUGAAUAUUGGCCUGCAAGAGAACAGAAGCCAUGUCCAUUGAUGAAAACUUCUCCAGAUGAAAAUGAUGGUGUUCCCAAAGAUGGUCCCUUGGAGGAGCAAACUGACUUCGUCAAGGCCAACCAGAAAAUGAAGGGAGUUCAUGACGAUUCCUCUCUUCAGAAUGAUGUGAUUCCUAAAGGAGCUGGUGAGUCUGCCAUUGGGUAUGAUUGUGAUGCUAGCAUCGAGGCACUUAUGCCGAAGCUCUGUCAGCCCGAGUACUACACAGAACCGCAUGCCAAAGAAUUAGCAGCCAAGGAAAGAGCUGAACCAGGAUUUUGCUUUCGAGUCAAAGAUUUUGUGGUUGGACGGCUUGGUUAUGGUCACAUUAAAUUCGUAGGGGAAACCGAUGUGAGAAGGCUUGAUCUUGAGUCCCUUAUUCACUUCAACUAUCGCGAAGUGAUUGUGUACACAGAUGAGAGCAAGAAACCGCCAACAGGGCAAGGGCUCAAUAAGCCAGCUGAGGUGACUCUUCUUAAUAUGAAGUACAUUGAUAAGAAGACUGGAAAGCAGUACAUCGAGGGGCCCAAAGUUGAGAAGUACAAGGAAAUGCUCAAGAAGGCGGCUAAGAAACAAGGCGCAGAGUUUGUGUCGUAUGACCCCAUCAAAGGAGAGUGGAAGUUCAAGGUUCGCCAUUUCAGUUGAUAUGAUCCGACGGAAGAACAAGACUAGGAACCUUGAUGCCGUUAUGUGUUCACUGAAGGAGGAAGGUACAAAUAGCAGUCCGAAGGAAAACCUUUUGGUUUCACUUGCUGGGUCAUUGUCUAAUGCUGUUGUAACAAUGCACAUAUAGCUGCAAGAAAAUAGGUCUUACAUGAACUGUUAGGCAUAUCUUUUUCCAUUCUCU